AUGGAGGCGCUGAAAGUCUGCUUCGAGAUUGCGCUCGUUAUCGCACCGCACAUUGGCUAUGUGGCUCAGUACCUCGAGAUUCAUCGCACCUGGUCGAUUGAAGGCUACUCGCCUGUUGUUUCCCUCAUCUUGCUGACGAGCAACACACUGCGCAUCUACUAUUAUAUUGGUCAUCGUUUUCUUUUCGCCCUCCUCUGCCAGGCGAUCCUUGGGAUUGCGGUGCACGGGAUAGUGCUGUGCAAGGUGUUGCAGGUGCACUUGCAGCAGGUACUGAGCGCUCAAUCCGCGGAUAUGUACAGCGGGGACAGUGCUUCCGUCAGUGCGACUGUGGCAUUAGAGGCUCCAGUAAGAGCAACUCCGUCUUCUGUGGCCGGCAGCGGUACGGCGGGAAAGCGGGGCCUAGCAAUCAAUGAUGAAGAUGACACGUCACCGUCAAAUGCCGCAGCAUCUGCUGGGGCGUGGUUGCCCUCGUCAAGAGAGGCGCACAACGGGUUUGGGGGCUCAGGUGACGCUUCGCCAUCGUCCGCCCCAUCGGUUGGCAUCAGCUGUGUGGCUGCCAAGUUUCUGCAGCUUCUCUUCCGCAUUGAGGACUGCAUCGAGGCCGCUCUGCUGCGAUACGCCCCGCUUCAGUUCGUCUAUAGCUAUCUCAUCGUCGCUGUCUCUGCUCUGGUGAUGGUUCUACUCUACUACAUAUUCAUCGGUAGCGUCUGGAAGCACGCGGCGGAGGUGGUGGGGUACGCGGCGCUCGGCAUCGAGGCGCUACUCGUGCUCCCACAGAUUCUUCGUCACGCUCGGCGGCGUAGCACGGAGGGCCUCACUACGUUGCUCAUCCUCACGUGGGUGGGCGGUGACGUUAUCAAGGUGGUUUACUUCAUUUAUGCGAAGCAGGCGCUAGCGUUUAUUGUCUGUGGCUGCUUCCAGCUCGUGUUGGACGUGGUGGUGGUGGCCCAGGUCGUGUACUAUGGCAUUAUUGUGAAGCGGGAAGGCGCGGUAUGUGUAGAUGGCGAUGAUGGAGCUAUGGAGGCGGUGGUGUCGCCAGGGUCGCGAAGCACGACCAAUCAAAUGGCUCUGUAG